GCCCGGCGCGGGAAGAAGCUCAUCAGCCGGCGUGGCGGCGUGACGUUGCGUUUCCUGGGCCGUUGGCGGGACGCGCAAAAUGGCGCGUGGGCUACGAGCGGGCGGGGGGGGCUUAUAGGGAGAGGCCCUCGCCAUAGAGACUCCCGGCCCCUCCCCCCCCCCGCCAUGAGCGGUCCGGCCGCGCCGUGCGGCCUUCCGGCGGCCUGGCAAGGGGAGCAUCUCUGGCUCUGCCUGCAGGCGCUCGGCUUCGAGGCUGUCGCCGGCCCCGGCAAGCUGAACUCCCACCUCAGCCUGGGCGCGAACAUGUUUGACAAACCAAACAAAGAUGCACUUCAUUUGGUUGCACACUUCUUGUUUACUAAACUGGAUCAUUCACGCGCAGCAGAGGCUUUCAGGUUUUGUUGCCCUCCAGCAGACAAAAAGGGAGAUGCAGAAUUCAGGAAGAAAUGCUGUGAAUGGCUAAAAGAAAUUUCAGUAGAAUGUGGAAACAUCUUUCCAGCUGUUGUAGCUUCACUGUUUCUUUCUCCUGGAGGUCCUAAGUUUAUUCAUCUGAUGUAUCACUUUGCAAGAUAUGUAAUGAUACAAGCAAUGAGAAAAGACUGCAAAGAUGCUGGCAUAUAUUUCCCAGAAGCUGUAAUUUUGAGGCCUGAUGACUUGUACAGGGCAGCUGCAAGGUGCAAAGUGGCGUCUAAUAAGUUUUUGCAGGUUGUGCAAAAAGAAGAUUUUGUCAUUCAAGAGUAUCAGAAAAAGGCACAAUUAUUAACUAAACAGAUAAAAGAUCUAAGAUCUGAAUGUGCUGAUCUGCACAAGCAGCUUCAAAAAAUAGAGAAAAAUGACCAAAACCAAAGUAACAGAGCAGAGAAAGUUCAAAAGGUUUGCUCCAUGUGGACAACUGUAACAGAAACCUUUGCUGGCUUGGAAAAGGAGAGAGAAGUUGUGGAUUCUGUUGUUAAAGGUCACUUUGACCAGUAUACUUUAGAUGGAACAGACAUCACUAUCAGUGUUCCAAGGCUGCUGCUUGACAAUAUUGAAAAUGAAAUGUACAGAUUGCAUAUAGGCAAUGUAUAUGACACCGGAAAACUAAACUUCUUGACAGUCAUUCAGUUAUUAAAUGAAGCCUUGAAGAUUUUAAGAAGUGAAUGUCAGGAAGUUGACCAUAAGGCACUAAACCUAGAUAUUCAGUACAUUGAAGAGAAGACCAAAUUCCAGAGUAAAACUUUAUUGGGUCUGAGGUCAAUGAGGCACAAGCUAAAGCGAGAGGAUCAUGUGUCCAUAAAGAAAUCAGUUGUUGAAAAGCAAAAAGAAUGGGAUAUGAAGUGGGAAAACAUUCUUGGGCAGUCUCCUUUUGGUUUAAUUAAAGUUCAGAAUCCAGCACUAGAUUUGUUACCAGCUAUGUCUGCCCUCUCUUUUGAUCCUGCAACUGAAGAGGCUUAUAAGAGCAGUGUCUUCUGUCAAUAUCCAGCAUCAGUUCCAGAUGCACCAAAAAAGGGUUAUCAUAAGAGAGUUGAUGGAGCACUGGGCAGCACAAUGAGUACAGCAGAACUUACAUCCUCAGGGAGGAUCUUCUCACUCUCAUCAGAGUUGGCUACAUCAGAAAACAGCUGUCCAGUUCUUGAAAAGAAAGUACAUACUGAACCUCCCAAAAGGAAAGAACAUUCUCUUUCUCAAAAAAUCUUAAAAUGUGGAGUAGCCAGACCAUUAGAAGCUUGGAAUAAUAGAGACUCUCCAGUACUCCAAACACCAACUCCAGUCAAAAGAGAAGAUCCUUAUAGGAAAGCACAAGAACAGCUGGCAGAAGAGGUUGCAAAUGUGGUAGUAUCAGAGUCACCCUCAAAUAGUGAUGGAAAAGGGAUGGAGCUGGAAGAUCUAAUUGAGUCAUUGGCUUCCAACCCUUUCUUAGCAAGGAAACAAAUCCCUCGAACUCCAGAAAAUCUGAUUACAGAAAUCAGAAGCUCGUGGCGAAAAGCAGUACAGGAUGGCUACCCUUCUGAUACAGAGUUGGCUCAAACUGAAAUGGUAACAGAAGGUGUUCUGUUGGAUAUAAAGCCUGUACCUCAAAACAGAAUAGACGCUAGUGUGGCCUGCUUUAUGUCUUCAUCUCACAUAUCAGACCUCUCUACUUCUAAUUUUAAUGUAGUAGAAGGGAAGUCGUUAUUAAAUUGGAUGACACCUGAACCUCCAAAGCAGGUGAUAUUUAGUCGCAUCAGUGACUCGCCAAUCCAGAAGCCAGCUACCGGAGCACUAGCUAACAAAAGAACUUUGCAAAAGGAAUUAAAGGGUACUGUUUUAAAUGAAAUUCUUAAAGAAAAUGUACAAGAACUUAUGCCAGCUGUGGAUAAAAGUAUAAAUGUUCUCAAUAGUCAGGAAAACUGUAAUAAGAUAACAAAUAUUCUGUCACCUUAUUGUCAGAAUUCCACAAUGCGUUCAACCUUGUCCUGGGAUGCUUCUCAGAUGGUAAGUGGUAUUAGUUCCGAUAGCCAAGACAUUAUCCAGUUUGGAAUACUGCAUGAGACUUUCCCAGAAGAACUUGGCAACCUAAGCCUUACUAGCCCUCAAAGUUCAGAGACUGAUGAUAUAUUGGGGAGUAACUCGAGGGACAGCAGGUCCUUAACAGAAAGUACAAAAAAUGAAUGGACUACUCAAGAGUGCAAAUUAGAUUUGGAGUCUAUUCGCAAGCGAUACGAAGCACUGAAAAAGACUCUUUUUGGAAAUGACUCAGCUCUGGUCUGUAAAAAACAAUUCGUGAGGAAUAAUUCACAGCUAAGCUUUACUCCAAGCAGCACAGAAAUACAUGACGUCUUUAGUCCUUCAGAAAAAUUCUUUACAUUAGAUACAGAAUAUAUUGGGACACCCUCACACAUGUCUCUUCCUCAUAGAAAGCACUCUCUCUCACCUUUGGUUUCAUUUACUCCAGUUCAAGAGAGACUGAGAGUAGUAGCACAAAAGAAACCUGGAGACUUCCUGCAUAACUCAAAAGAAGAAGAGACCUUGACUGAGAAGCUGGAUGCAAAGGAGUCCUCAUCUGCUAGAAAGAUUUGUAAAGAUACAGUUUCACAAUUAGAAUUAUGAUGUAUUUGCACAUGUAACAUGCUUUUACAUUAAACAAAUGGCCAUGCAAUUAAAGUGCAUUUUGUAAUGUACACUUUUCAAGCCCCUCAUUCUUAACACAUUAGACUGUAGUUUGUAGUAAUAAAAGUGGCAGUGCUAAUCCCAACCACCAUAGAAAGAGUUAGCGUGCACUGCUGACUUAGACUGAAUCUUUUGGUCAUUCUUCAGAGGGACUUGAAGAUGUUUUGAUCAUUUGAUGUUGGAGGAGUAGCAGUGGAGUAAUAUGGAGUCGAAACAUUCUGUUAGAUUGCAUGGUUGUCAUGGGCAAAUAAGCUGAGGCUGAAAUGACUUGCUACUAUAAAUGUUAACUUUAGAACAAAUUUGGGUCCAUUAUCCACGUGUUUUUAAGAGUCCUUAAACUACUAUUGUUAAUCCAUCCUUUCUGUUUUUUUCAAAAAGUAAGCAAUUAGUUUAAACGUCUGGUAUUACACAAGUUAAACACACAAACUGAACGAAAAAAGCUUGUAAAUGACAGUGAUUGAUGGAUGCCUAGAUAAGUGACUGAAGGCACCAACAUGUUUGAAUCAAGUGGAUAUGACUGGUGCAACAGCAUGUUUGAGCAGUGGUAUGACUGACAAGUGAAGUCUGGAGACUAUAAUUAACCCCUUUUAUAACUGAGGACCAGUAGUUCCAUGAAGAACUAAAAAGCAAAGUGAAGGCAAGUGCAGAAAAGGCAAAGGAAGAGAGUAGGACAAUAAGUACUGACUAACUUGUGGCUAAAUUCACUAACAAAUCAAUUACCAAUAUAUUUGGGGUUCAAGUAAUUGAAGAUUUUUUUUUCCAACUUAAA